AUGAAGCGACCGGGGUUGUUGGCCAUCGCGUUGGCCCUCGUCGUCGGGGUCCAAUCCGUGCGGUCGGAAGCCCCACCGCCUCCGUGCUCUGGUCACGGUACCCUGAACCCCGACUCCACGUGUUCGUGCGAGAAUCCACGCCCCGCCGCGGGCGCGACCGGGUGGACCGGCGGGCUGUGCCAGGUUCCGGUGGUCGGCCUCGCCACGCAGACCAUCGGCACGAACGAAGCGCAGAGCGACAGCCUCGAGUCCGCCACUUGGAAGUGCUACCACAUGGCCACCCCCGCGGCGACCGACUGGAACUACCUCUCGCUCGAGCUCAAGCAGCUCGACGGGGACCCCGACGUCUACGGCAUGCUCUACAACGCGACCGACGACGGUCGAUACCCGACCGGCAACACGCAGGGAUGGGACUUUCGAGAGGUGUCGAGCUCGGCGCGGGGCUCGGUGCGACUGACGGUGGGAAAGCGGGACUGGGCGCAUCCGAACGACGCCGCCGAGGGCGUCUACAUCUGCGUCACCGCUUACGGCGACCGCGUCGCGUCCUACGAGCUCCGGUCGGUGUUCACGAGGUGUCCCGCGGCGUUUGCGAUCGACUCCGAAACGGGAGCCACCGUCGCGACGCAGUGCUCGGCGCCGGCGACGGGGGGAACGACGAAUCCGACCGACGUUCCCGGAGCGUGCGACGAGGCGUCGGGGACGUGCGCGUGUAAAGCGUACGCGGACCACGCGUACGUGGCGCCGGAGGGGAGCGAGCACGACGACGUGCCCCCCGAGCUCGGCUUUGACUCGUGCUCUGCUCGGAUAGAUUUCGUCCCGAGCGCCUCGAAGAGCGAGUCGUGGGACGACGUGACGCUCGCCGCGGACGCGUGGACCUUCUACCGGUUCGAGAUCACCGACGACGACUAUCAAAUCCAGGUGACGAUGGAGCGGGACGAGGACGAGGGCGGGACCGCGCGGCUCUUCCUGAGGCACGAGACCCUCCCCGACUCUCGAUGGGGCCAUCACGACCUCCCGGACGACUUCGUCUCCGGCACGCGCCCGACGCAGGAGGUGCUCGUGACGCGCGGGGACGUCGCGUUCGUGGCGGGGACGUGGUACGCGGGCGUUCACGCGGGCGCCGACGCCUCCUCCAAGUUCACCCUCACCGUACAGAGGUUCGACUGCCCUCGGGACUGCAGCGGUCGCGGCGAGUGCGUCCACGAGCAGAACGGGACGCGAACGUGCGCGUGCGACACCGGACCGCUCGGGCCGUAUCUGGGCCCGGGAUGCGAGGAUGAGUACUCGGGGCUCACGCCGAGUGCGGACGGGUGGCACGUCAACGGGACGUUGGGCGCCUCCGACUACGACUUCUUCGCGCUGCCGGAUAUCGACAUCCGGGAGAGCAAGAGGCAGAUCGAGCUCGUGCUCAGCGCUCGGUACGAUCGCGACGAGACGAGCUACUACUGGCGACCGGAGCGACCCGUGCUGCUGCUAAACCACGGCGAUCGAUCCGCGUUCCCGUCCGCAGACAACUACACGUUCAAGGUGACGAUGGAGGAGCGGUCCAAGGAAUACUCCAUCCAGCUAUGCGCGGCACAGAUGAGGGGCUCCAAGUGGCAAGCCGCGCUGUACAACCCGGCGAGGACGAUUCCCAUGGUGUACUCGAUGAGCUUCCGCAAGAAGGGAGUGUGCCCUUCGGCGACGGACGGUGAGUGCUCCGACAACGGCGAUUGCGUCGCCGACGUGACGUCGCCAGACUUUGCGACUUGCCGAUGCAAAACGGGGUGGGCCGGCGCGGACUGCAACUUCAGGGCUUGCCCGGAAGGAUCGUUUAUCGCGGUUCCAGGGGAGGGACACGGGACGUGUUACCGCGAGUGCGUGGACGGUAAGCAUCGCCCUGACGGGUGUGACCGCGUGGCGUGCGACCCCCCGGCGAGGUCAGCCGCGGACGGCUCGGGAUGCGUAAUGGACGAGUGCUCCAACGACCUGUUCUUCGUCGACUCGGGAAGCGACGUGAGCUGCGUGAAGCGGUGCGUCGCAUCCAGCGCGGGAUCUCCCAAGAGACUGAGCGAGGAGUGCGACCCGGACACCGUUCGCGGCGCGGGCGGGUCCUCUGGCUCACGAAGGCGCCUCGGGUUCCCGGGGGUGAUGGUGCUGAUCGUCGUCGCGCUGUCGGUCAUCGCCGGCGGCGUGGGGUACUAUGCGUAUUCGUCGUGCGGGGGCGCUGAGGCGUUGGGCACUUUGAGGGGCGCGCUCGCGUGGGGAAACGGACGAGGUUUCAGGCGGUACGACAGGUUCGAAGGGGAGCGAUUUGAUGACUUUGCCGCCGCAGAUUUUGACACCCCAUGA